GGGGCUUCGAGCUGCAGCCGCUGGACGGUGGCCCCCGAGUGGCCCUUGCGCCCGGGGAGACGGUAAUCGGCCGCGGGCCGCUGCUUCGAGAAUGCUGAAGCCAACAGAUCAGAUGAUUGCCUCUGAAAAGAUAAUUUAUUACUCACAGUUCCCAAGAGAAAGAAAGCAACAUCAUGCCACGGCAGGGCCACAUGAAGUUGGUGGAAGGCAGAAGGCAGAGAGCUAGGGGAACUACAGGAAAGCCUUUCUUACGGUUUUCUCAGGAAUGAAUGGGCAAGGCAAGAUAACAGACAAGAGAGUGUCCAGAAGACAUGCAAUUCUUGAGGUGGUCGGUGGUCAGCUUCGAAUCAAACCGAUACACACAAAUCCAUGUUUUUAUCAGUCUUCUGAGAAGAGCCAGCUUGUACCAUUGAAGAGAAAUCUAUGGCGCUGGUUGAAUCCUGGAGACAGUUUUUCUUUGCUAGUCGACAAAUACGUUUUUUGUGUUUUCUCUACACACUCUGAAACAGAAAUGGAAUGUACUUUAAGGAAUAGUCAGAUGCUUGAUGAAGAUAAUCUAAAUGAAAUGCCAAAAUCGUCCGUGGUUAACUUAUCUGAUGAGACAACUGGUAACCCACAGCUGGAAAGAAGCACAGAAAUAGCUAAGACUCACACCACCAUUGCAAAUAGUGAGUGUUUCCUAGGUGAAGAUAGAGACCUCAGUAAGCAACAGUCAAACUCCACCCAGAGGAGAAGAAUCCUGCCAGCAUGGAUGUUAACAGACAAUCAAAGUGACCAAAACCUUUCAGCACCAGCCAGCAGUGGGGAUAAUAUAAUCCAGGGAAGUGGAAAAGAAGGAAUCUGCAAAAAGCGAUUAAUUUCAUCAGGAAGUUCAAAAGGUACAUCAGCAGAGCAAGACACAGGGAAAAAGUGCAAAAGUGCUGAUCAGGAAGAGUGUGUCAUUUCAUCCAAGGAAAUGCUGCAGUCAUCUUCUGCAAUCAUAUUAGGUAAUGCAGAAGUGAAUAAUGUGAAGGCUAAUACACAGAGAAAUGAAAUCCCAGUAGAGGAACUUGGUAAGAUUCCUGAACAUAAGAUUAUUACGAAAGGAACGCGAAAUAAAGAAGGCAAGGUGAUGGACUGUUCUGAGAGUUACUUGAGUGUCCAGGGCAAAUCCUUUCACGAGGAGUCUGAAGGAUCUCCUCCUGAGUCCAGCUCUGAUCUCCCCAAUCCUGAAACUUUGCAUGCAGAGGCAACUGAUUCAGUUCCACAAGGUUCUGAAGAAAACAAAAUCAAGAGGACAUCCUGUAUGUAUGGGGCAAACUGCUACAGGAAGAAUCCUGUUCAUUUUCAACACUUUAGUCACCCUGGUGAUAGUGAUUAUGGAGGUGUACAAGUCACAUGUCAAGAUGAGGCUGAUGAGCGGCCUGAAUGUCCCUAUGGAGCAUCUUGCUAUAGGAAGAAUCCGCAGCACAAGAUAGAAUAUAGACAUAGUACACUUCCAGUGAGAAGCAUCUCAGGUGAAGACAGUGAUAAUGUUGGGCAAUCCAAUGAGUGUGACCUCAAUGACAGUUUUCCAGAUGAUGAGGAAGAAUAUGAGCCAACAGAUGAAGAUUCUGACUGGGAACCGGAACAGGAAGACCAAGAGAAGGAAGACAUGGAAGAGCUUCUGAAAGAAGCAAAGAAAUUUAUAAAAAGGAAAAAGUAGCUUUUUUCUGCACUAAUAUAUGGCUCAUAUUCUUUCUGGAAAAAACUCAGGAACUAAGGAGUCACUUGAGCGAUAAUUGUUUUCCUUCUUUUUAUAGUUAUGACUUUACUAUUGACUCUUUGCAAAUGAAACAUUGAUAUGUCAACCUUCAGUGUAGUGGCUGGAAUCUGUUUUGUUGCCUUGCUUCUUCUAUCCUAUUUAAAGCAUCUGGCAAUAGGAAGCAGAGAGUUAAAGGGAAAUAAUUGAUACUUUUUCAUUUACUUUGUGUGUUGGUAAUAAAAAGUAAAAGCCA